AUGAUGCCAGAAUUGCAAGUUGACAACUUGCAACCUGUAUGGGCGGGCCUCCGCGUCCUGACAGACCCCAACUUCCUGUACGCCGGCGACUACGUAUACCUCCACCCGGGCGUGACGGCGACGCGCCUCAAGGACCUGGCCGUCGACCUCGCCGAGCUGCCGCCUCUCAACUGUAUCCUGCUGUCCUACUACCACGAGGACCACUUCGACAAGCUCGCCGAGGCCUCGCUCGACCGGCGCGUGCCCAUCGUCACGACGCCGCACGCCCGCGAGUGCCCGACGACCAAGAAGCCCGGGGGCGACAAGGCUUGGUCUGCCGACAGCGGCCUGGCUACGACGGGCUACCGCAUCUACAUUUCGGGCGACACGCUAUUCAUCGACGAGUUGCAGCAGAUCCCUCAGUUCCUACAUCACCAGCGCGUCGACUUGAUGCUGGUCCACCUCGGCGGCACCACCAUCCCCGGCCCCCACAUACCGCUACUCAUAGUCGCAAUGGACGCCGCCCAGGGCGUGCGGCUAAUACGCCUCGUCGACCCAGAGGUGACCAUCCCCGUUGAUGAACGUACGGUUAACGUCACUACCGUCGCCACACACAAGUUCGACCGGAACUUUGAACGCUUCAUCCGUACCGAUGAAGAUGACGAGUGGAUGGUGCCGACCAUUGAGUUUUCCGAGCUCAGGACUCAGUCCGAUACCAAUUACGCGUCCUACGACUCAGACGCCCACGGACAUUCAUACAAGCACAUCCUCAGCGGCCCCGCCACAGCCGUUAUUCAGAUCGUUGGGAGUGAGCAUAUCAACAAUUAUUACGUCGAGAACACACUUAUCGAUGAUUAUAUCGAGGAUCUCGAUACUGAAGGAGAUUCGAGCCUCGAGUCAGUCAUUAAUAGUAAUAGCUCGACCUCAAACGGCGACGAGAGCGUACGCGCUUCGCCCCCUAAUACACAACCAUAUUCCGAGGAGAACUCCCCGCAGACGACUGCGGCAACACUCGCUACUACGCCGUUCGCGGCAGAAUCCUCACCGAAGGAGGAGAAAUUGUCCACCAUUACCAUUACUAGCGCAGAUACCGCUCAUACCGAACGCGGUGUAAAUUUUGAGGGUAGCUUUCCAGUUCCCGGCAGCCGGUUCGCCGACCUACAAUACGCAGUCACUACAAGAUUCGAGAUCUUCUGGUACCUACUAAAUGUGCUAGGCACAGGCCAAGCCUGGCCCAGCUGGGUCCACCAGUUUGCCCCUGCAAUAUCCCCGAAACGAGCCCAAGGCCACGACCUCCUCGCCAAGGAGGAUCAGACCUUCGCCGCGAUCACAGGCGCGGAAACCGACAACCUCCAAGGAUAUUUUCCCGUCCCCGGCGCCACGGAUCGGGGCUUGCAAUACGCCAUCAGCCGAGAGGGAAAAGUUUUCUACGAGGAUGAUAUGGUAGCUUUCAAUACGAAAUACACCAUUGAGAUCGAGUAUGUCGAGCCUAGCCAGGAGGAAGGCCUCACCAUCGAGGAGGAGACUAGCGAGCAAGAGUCUGAGGACAACAAGAAGGAUAUUACCAUCAUACACAUAUAUCCUGUCUCUAAUACCGACGUAAAGGAGCUCCUAUAUGCUUUCGGAUCCGAUGAGCUCAUCUACUAGUACUAGCCAGAGACCAGUAUCAUUCUUAAGCCCACGAUAGACGAGCAAGAAAUAUUCUUCGCCGUGCACCCCGAUGCCGGCAACGGGCGCCCUUCAUGCCCACUAUCAUGGAGGAGGAGGAAGAGGAGUAAAGGGAUAUUUAAUAAUAAUUG